GAGCUUCCUCCUUACCUCUGCAAGCUGGGUGUAACCUUUCAAAGAGAGUGUUUCUGUGAGGGAGGUGAAGACAAACGUAUCCCUCUCCUCAAGGAUGUGUUCGACGCCUUCCCAAACACCCCCAUCAACAUCGACAUCAAGGUCAACAAUGACACACUCAUUAAGAAGGUUUCGGAGAUGGUUGUUAAUUAUGAUAGAGAGGAUCUGACUGUGUGGGGCAACUCCAGAAACCAGAUUGUCAAAAAAUGUUACAAGGAGAAUCCCAAUAUUCCAGUCUUGUUCAGUUUGCCCAGGGUGCUGCAGUUACUGGGUCUCUUCUACACAGGCCUCCUGCCCUUUGUGCCCCUGAAGGAGCAGUUUCUGGAGAUCCCCAUGCCCUCCCUAAUAACCAAGUGA